GAGUACGUGGAAGUGGUGGUGGGUUUGGAGGCAGUUACUCAGCAAGACUCGCAUCAGUCGCUGUAAACUUAUGUACGCGAUCACAACUACUUGCAAUGUACCCAUUCUAUAUCUACCAAAACGUCAGGUAAAACAAAGUGUCCAAGUUCUCCGAGUUAUCUAAUCCUGGAUAUAACAAUUGUAACGACAAGAUAUAAAAUACCGAAAAAAUGUCAGAAUAUUGUGAAUACAUGUGGGACCCAACACGCGGUCAUGGAAGUGCAGAACUGGCCCGAAGUAUUUACCAGGAAGAGGCCCGUCUCGAGGCAAAAGAUAAAAAAUUGGCAAUAAAAACAGUCAGGGCAAUCCUCCGAGAAAUGCCAGGUGUAGACCUGAAGCCGUGUAACGACGAAUACAUAACGCGUUUCCUGCUGGCCCGGAAGUACCGGACAGAACAGGCGGCUGCACUGAUUGGGGCUUAUCAGGCCCAAAUAGCACAUCGUCAGGAUAUUUUUGGAAACCUCACAGCAAGGGACCCAGCACUCCAAAGGGCCCUCAGGGCAGGAAUUCCAGGGGUUCUUCCAGCCCGUGACAGGAAAGGAAGGUGUGUCCUGGUAAUGUUGGCCUCUCAGUGGGAUCCCAUAGCGGUGCCAGCGUUGGCAGUGCAACGUGCAAUUUUUCUUGUUCUCGAAACUCUUAUUCAAGACCCACGUAAUCAGCAAUGCGGAUUCGUGAUUGUGGUUGACUGGUGUAACUUCACACUGAGACAAGGAAGUGCACUCGGUGCAGCUGCACUUCGUAAUUUGAUAGCAGCACUUCGAGGACGAUUUCCUGCUAGAUUCAAAGGGAUUCAUUUUUUAUCAGCACCCCUCUACGUGCAGGCCACCCUCGCCCUCGUCAAGCCCUUCCUCGACGAGAAAACCCGCCACAAGAUUUAUCUUCAUGGAAAUAAUCUCAGUACUCUGCACGAGCACCUGCCAACGGAUAUUUUGCCAGCAGAACUAGGUGGUACUGGUCCCUCGUUCAAUCCUGGUCUCUGGGCAGAGCCAGUGAUCCAUUCAGCAAUGAAAGAGGCAGAGCUAGCAGCUCUGAAGAAAGAUCCAGCAGCUGGAGAAAUAAAAGAGUCGAUUAAUGAGCGACAGAAUGAAGAGACAAUCACCGAGAGCACCAUAAAAGGAGAUAGUAAAAGUGACAGGCUGGAAAUGUCUCUCGCCUCGGUCCACAAAUCCUCGAUAAUUGAUGAUGAGAAUAACAAGAACGUGGAGAACGUCAGGGGAAACUCCAGGAGGCAGACCAAUGAAAUUAAAAUUCAUGGAGAGACUACUCUGGAUAACUCCAGGGUGAGGAUCUAUCGGGAUGAGUAUCUCCCCAGGGGCAAGUCUGAAUCCGAUAUCGAGUGUCUCGAUCCACCCUCUGAGACCAAUUCUAAUGAGUUCGAGAUGAUCUCUAGUCAUCUUGAGAGUGAGGACAGCAGGGAUAAUUCUCUGGACAGCCUCAGGGCUGAUAGGGCCAGGGGUAGCAAGGAAAAACUUCCUGAGGAAACGAAUCUCAUUACUUGAGGGUUUUAGUUGGCUGGGAGCUGGGGCAAUCAGCAACGAGGAGAUGAACUGGGAUGAGUUCAAUGUUCAAUAAAAAAUCCUUUCAGGUUUUUGGCUGGGGUGGAAAAAAUUUGGAAAAAAAAUUGAUAAUCCACUUGUCCCAUUUCAUAAUUUCGCUACUGAAAUGGUUAUAUUUAUAUUUCAUUUCGAUUGCUUUUGAAAAAUGAAAUUCUGGAAUUGCUACCGAAUUUUUCCAGAAAUUCUCUUUCUAUUCAAUUUUUUCGUACGUUUUAUUAUUUUUCUGUGAUCAAGUGUCGAUAAAACUGGGACUAAUUCGAUGCUAUUUCGAGGCUUCCGUCAAUUUUUCUUGAAGGCAGAGAUGUCUUGACUUUUUAGCGAUAAAAAAUGCUGGGAAAAAUUAUUAUGCGAAAGGAUCAUCUCAUCAUUCAUUAAUUAACAUUUCAUUCGAAGAUAUUUCAUUUCUACUGAAUAUUCACUCGAAUUCCAUUGAAAUUCGCGCGGAAAAUCCUGUACUAAAAAUUUUCCAAUUUUUCCAGAAAAAUUGUUUCUACGAUUUUUUAACUGAUAGAACCCUGAGGGAAUAAUUUAUGUAAAAAAUAAAAAUCUAUCAACAGUU